CUGAAGUGUCUGUGUAACGGCUUUGAUUUGUGUAUUGAGAUGGACGAUGUUUGUGUUACUGUUAACCUAUGUAUUAGUAAACUGAACGUGUGAAGUGUAGUGCGUUAUUGGACGUGAGUUCUUGAAAUGUGGAGAAGUGUUGUCAAUAUGAUGUUGCAUUGUGUACUACACAACUAAUUUCUAAGACGGGAAAUAGAAUCUUACGGAGGGUUAUUCACAGAUCUACGAUAGUCAUUCUGCAAAGCGCGCCAAGAGAAACUUCUCCGAUUCCCAGUUUUUAUUCCAACUGUCGCCAUGAGUUCAGGAAUGUUAUAUGGGGGCGAUGAAAUAGGAGCAUUGGUCUUUGAUAUUGGUCAUUAUUCUCUCCGUGUUGGGUACGCACAAGAAGAUACACCGAAAGCAGAGAUUCCAGCCGCUGUCGGUAUAGUGAAAGAUGGGAAUCAAACAGCAUCAGUUAAUACAGAACCGAUGGAAACAGAAGACAAGAAAGUCGAUCCCCAAAACAUAACUUCAACAAACAAAUAUUACAUCGAUACGAACUACUUACAUGUUGUUCGGCCCGGAAUGGAAGUUGCUACUUACAUGAAAGAUUGUAUGAUCGAUGACUGGGAUUUAUUCGAGCAAGUUCUGGAUUAUACGUACGCAAAAUGCAUACAGUCAGAGUCUGAAUAUCAUCCAGUAUUAAUGUCAGAGGCACCGUGGAACGUGCGAGCAAAACGUGAAAGACUGACGGAAUUAAUGUUUGAGAAGUAUAACGUGCCUGCAUUUUUUCUGGUGAAAAAUGCAGUGCUAGCUGCAUUUGCCAAUGGGAGAGCGACGGGCAUUGUCAUAGACAGUGGAGCAACGCACACCUCUGCUGUUCCAGUGCAAGAUGGUUUUGUCUUGACUCAAGCUAUUGUAAAAUCCCCUCUGGGUGGAGAUUAUAUUAGUAUGCAGUGUAAAAAUUUUUUGCAGGAAAGUGGCAUAGAAAUUGUCCCUCCAUAUAUGAUUGGCUCCAAAGAGGUUGUCAAAGAAAGGGAGAAGGCACGCUGGGUAAAAAAACGAAGCCUACCAGAAGUAACGCCUUCAUGGCAUAAUUACAUGACAAAAAAAGUUGUCCAGGAUUUUCAAGCUAGUGUAUUGCAAGUGUCGGAAUCUCCAUAUGAUGAGAAAACUGUAUCUUCUAUACCAGCUGUUCACUAUGAGUUCCCAGAUGGGUACCAUCAGGAUUUUGGUGGAGAAAGAUUUCGCAUCCCAGAAGCAUUGUUUGAUCCAAGUGUCGUACAAACUAGGGGUGGCUUGGUUGGCCACACCAUGUUAGGAGUUGCCCACAUUGUUACAACAAGCAUGGGAAUGUGUGAUGUCGAUGUAAGGCCUGCAUUAUAUGGAAGUGUGGUUGUAACUGGUGGAAAUUCGCUUCUGCAGGGUUUCUCAGAAAGACUGAACCGUGAUCUUUCACUUCGCAUUCCUUCUAGCAUGCGCCUAAAAAUGAUUACAGCAAGUGGUACUGCUGAACGGCGUUUUGGAGCUUGGAUUGGAGGCUCAAUUCUUGCUUCUAUUGGUACAUUCCAGCAGAUGUGGAUGUCAGCACAGGAAUAUGAAGAAGGUGGCAAAGGGCAGGUGGAACGGAAAUGCCCGUAGACUUUUUCGCUGUAGCUUAUAUUGUGUAACGUGAGGAGUACAAAUAAUGUACAAGUGUGCCUGCAUUCUUGUAUGUGAAAACAUUUCAUUUCAUAUAUGCUUGUCUUUGUACUUGCUUAAACCUUUAUGUUACUCACUGAACGAGAUUUGAUAAUUUCCAAGUAUUAAAGUCUUAAAUCAGUUAAACUGUGCAGCAUUGGAAGCCAACUGGAUAUACUAUAUAACAACUUUUACAUAUUAUCUCUCAAAUGAUGUAGUGGGAUAAUUUUAUGAUGCAAUGGAAUCACUUUCUGUUAAAUACAGUGAUAGUAUGUUGAACAGAAAAUGGGCAGCCACCUAAUCCAUGAAAUGCAGACGAAACAGAAUAUUUUGAGUUUGUUUACGUGUGAUACUUUAUCAUUGCAGUGAGAUCUAAAAUGGUUUUUUACGAUGAAAUAAUUUAAUAUCUGGCUCCUUAUUAGAUGUGCGAAUGUACUUUGUGAAGUUUUCCAUCAGACAUGUAGGUUCACUCAAAUGUUGCCAGUUUUGGUAUCAUUGUUCUUAAGUGUAUUACUAAAGUGUCCCAAAGUGGUUUUCUGAGAUGUUUCCUAUAUUGCAUAACACAAUUUUCAAAGUUAGCAGUAAUUUUUAAGCAUAUUUAUUCCAGUUUUCUGGCUAGCAAUUGGAUCCAUUGUGGUUGAGCUAAUAAAUUUGUUACUACCA